UAAGCAAGAAUUAAGAUUACUGUAUUAACAAACUUCUGCUUAUUUUGGAAAAUCUUUAUUAGGAUAUAUUCGAAUUAAAUGACUAUAGUAAGUUUAAUUUGUAUAAUUUAUCAUUUUUAAAGUACCAGAAUUAUAUGUUUAGAUCAUCCGAAACAGGUUAUUUGAUAUAUUUGAGAAUUAUUUGACUUCUAACAUUACAGUACAACGUAUUCGAAUAUCCCGAUUUAUUACUCGUUAACGUCCAUUUAUAGUAACCACCUAAUAAUAACUUAUACUCGAAUAACCACUUUUCUGACGUACUUAACCAGGUACUGUUUGAUGAUGUUUUUAAUCACUUUUCUUGUAUUUAUUUGGACGAGAAGGUAUUCGUAAGCUAUUUCAACCAGCCCGUUUGUCUGUACGUUACAUUACUUUUCAAUUUAUGAAGCGUUUUACAUACGUUAAACCAUUUCCAUAACUCUAUAUAACCGAGGACGGUUCGGUCACACUUCGUCGCACGAGCAUAAGGCGUCACGAAGAACGAAGGAAAUAGCAUCGUUCUCGCAUGCACGACAUGAGCAUAAUGUGUUCGAAGGAUUUUUGAUGUUUCCAGAGAUUUUGUUUACACUUGUUUUUCGGUUCUUAAUCUUGUUUUUUCUUUCGUUCUUUAAUUUUCCAUGCUAGUUCUGUUCAUUAAAUUCUUGUUUAUCUAUCUAUGCCUCCGACGUUCAUUUAAAAAGAAAGGAAAGGAAAAGAAAAAUGCGAAAUUCGAUGUUGGGGUUUUAAAUUUAUUAAUGGUAGUUGGUGUAUUGCCUAAAUAAAUAUUUUUAAAAAAUUUUUUCCUCGAUAAAUUUUUAAAGACCACGGUAUAGGUUUCUGUAAUUGUGUCAUGUGCAGUAGAUAGGAUUCACUCGGGUUAUUUGCUAACCGUUCGUUGUUUUUGGAUGAUUUUAAAUUUUAAAAGAGCGAUUGUUUAUGGAGUUUGGUCGUAGCCGAAGUAGAAAUGAAUUAAAUCAGAAAAAUUGGAGUGUGGGUUCUAUUCCUGCUACAGUAAUUGAAUUUAAAAAAAAUUAAUUAGCUUUUAAAUUAUGCAAUAAUAAUAAUAAUAAUUUUUAUUAUAAAUAAAUACGGUGUUGGAAGAAUAGUUUAGACGAGUGGAAGAACGAUUACCGGAAUACUAAUGAAGGAGAAAAAACAUUUGUGAGCGAAGAAUCAACAUCGGCAUGUCUGCGUUCUUUUUCUUUAUAUCAUGGAAUGCAGAAGUCAGUUAGAUAUCUUCGCUCUUGUUAUCUACGUCGCUCACUCGGACUCUUAUGGCCAUAAAAUAGACUGUUCACUUUCUAAAGAACGCCUCGCGUCCGACGUUAAGACGGUCGAAGAAAUUUAGAACCUUUUGUCGCCUCGAUAGUGAUCUGUAGCCCAGAGCCCACACCCCCGCCGGACUAGUUACGUAGUCUUCCGGUGCACGUGACGCGGCAGAAACCGGCCCAAGGAGAGUAUGACAUUAACUCGAGGGGACGGGACGGGGGAGAUACCCGAGAUUAAUGUCCUCCCCACCCGUGCGUCCUUUCCUCCCCGUGGGGCCAAAUACUUUGGGGAAAUUGAGGUAACCAUAAUGGGUGCGCGAGGGACAAGCAGGAGCUACAGAUGAAUGCACCUGUCUUACCUUGCGCUUCCCCCACAUUCAGAUUAAGGUCGGGAGUGUGUCUCUGGAUGUGGUGAGUGAAUGUUCUCUCCGACAUAUCCCAUGGAUUUCUCCGAGAGGGAAUGCAGAAGAAGCGUUUCGCUAACGGGCCGGUAAGCAUGCAUGCCGUCCCACCGUCCAGCCCUUUGGAUCUCCGUCGCCAAGGAACGGAUGCGGGGAUGAACGGUGACCUGUCGAACGACACCCAAGACAGUACAACUAGUCACGGUUCCACCGACAUCAUCCAGGAUGGUGACAGCAUGGAUUCCGACAAAGUCCUCAACCUGGCAAUGGACGACGAACCCAUCGACGCCACCAUCAACUCCAGUCACGGCAAGUGUCGGACGACACCCAACGGACAGGCAGUGGUUACGUCGUCCGCUUCUUCGGGCCACGCUUCGCACCACGUCUCGGGGGGAGCGGGCAGCGGUUCCUUGACGCUACCGCCAUCUGCCAUCGUGACCACCACGGCGGCGGCCUUGGCGGCCGCCGCCGCCGCCGGUCAGUUGUCGUUGAAUCAGGACUCCCAGCUGAUGGUUGCAGGAGCACAGGGACAACAGCCAUUGCUAAUGCAAGCAGGGCUAGCACAACAGUUGCAGGUGGGAAAGAAAAAAACUGCAUCUUAUACACCAGAAAAUAUGAUUCCAGUUACAUCUGGUAUUCCUGGUCUUCAACUUAGUCCACAAGAUCUCCAACAGCUUCAACAACAUCUGCAGCAGCAUCAGCAAAAUUUGCAGAGCAUGCAGCAAUUUGUAUUUCUCCAGCCGGGCCAAUUACCAGCAAAUGUUCAAGCUCAGUUAUUUCUCCAGAGUCAGGGAUUGUUGCAGCAGGGUUUGAUGCAACAAAGUCUUCAAAAUCUUCAGCUUCAGGCAAGCCAGUUACCUCAGGGAGUUCUUUCGACACAGGCUGCGGCUGCUGCCGCCACAGUUGCCGCUGCUGCUGCCGCCCAGCAACAGCUUCAGCAACUCCAGCAACAGCAGCAACAAAAACAAAAACAGCAACAACAACAACAACAAGCUCAGACACAAUCACAGACACCAUCACAACCACCUCCGCCAUCUCAGUUACCACCACCAUCCACACCUACACAAAAGGCUGUUGUUACACAUCAUGUUAAAUCCAGGUCUUGUGAACCAAGUCCUGAAGAAAUGACCGACUUGGAAGAACUGGAACAAUUUGCAAAAACCUUUAAACAGAGAAGGAUAAAAUUAGGUUUUACUCAGGGUGAUGUAGGAUUAGCUAUGGGAAAACUAUAUGGAAAUGACUUCAGUCAAACAACUAUCUCCAGGUUUGAGGCAUUGAACCUCAGUUUCAAAAAUAUGUGUAAGCUGAAGCCAUUGUUACAGCGGUGGUUAGAAGAUGCUGAUGCUUCCUUAAAUAAUCCCACAGCUCUCACUAAUGCGCAUACUACUCCAGAAUCCAUAGGCAGACGAAGGAAAAAGAGGACCAGUAUUGAGACCACUGUGCGCCUGGCACUGGAAAAAGCUUUUAUUCAAAAUCCAAAACCAACAUCUGAAGAGAUUUCUAUGCUGGCCGAAUCGCUAGCUAUGGAGAAGGAAGUGGUACGGGUAUGGUUUUGUAAUCGGCGUCAAAAAGAAAAACGGAUUAAUCCUCCUUCUACUGUCACGGCUCCUCAGGCUCUGCCGUCUCCCGUAACUCCUCCUGCCGUUGCUAUUUCUAUGGCGGCGGCAGCCGCAUCUCUCGGGAUCUCACCAACCUCAGCAGCCACGGCUACCUCAUUAGGUGUAACAACACCGCCUGCAGCAAUUACCCCAGCACAUUCUCCAACCAGUGGUACCAUACCUGUACCACCAGCUGCACACUUGGGUACCAUAGUAUCCGCCAGCUCUGCUCAACCAGCUACCUCAGUUACCAUGGCAACCAUUAGUGCCCCAUCCUUGGUCACAUCCAGAGCUACUACUAUUAUGUCUCCAAUAAUCAAGACGGAGAUCAAGACAGAGUAGGAAUGGUCAAGCCAUACUCCAGAUACUCCCAAUCGGUUUAGGACUGGUUGAGGGAUAGACUGCUACUCUGCCAUAUAACAGUUCCUAUGAGCAACCAUAUCACCAGUUAUAUUCCUGUGGUGUGGAUAAACUCCACCUGUAGUCCUGCCUAAACUGAAUUGUUUGGAUCCAGUAUGUGAGGUAUCCAGCCAAUGGGAUGCCUUCAGUGCUAGCCAAGGCCUCACAACUGUUACCAAACUACCCUAAAAUUGGGGCAGGUAUCAGGUGAAUGAUUUGUGUCAAUUGACACCUCAUGCUGCGACUCAGGGAACCUAUAGCUUCUUCAGUUACCUCACAGUUUUGGUCAGUGCCGUGUUUCAUCAAGCUUUUUUGUGUUAUUACAUUUCUUAGGCCAGUCCUCCCCUCUAUUCACUUCAGCUCUUGGAGUUUACAAUGGCAGGACAGCUUUUAUUUGUUAUUAUUAUUAUUACCUUGUCUCAUGUGCACCUGUGUAUAGCCAACACUGCCUUUUGAAAUCACAGAGUACCAUUUUAAUUAGUGUCAUUGUGUAUUUGAGAAUUAUUGUCCAUUUUCAGUAAUGGUACAUGGUACAUUUAUCAAAAGAAUGUCAACCAGUCCAAAGUCAAUCACAAAUGGUUUCAUAUUCAUAUUGUGUAAUAUUUCAUUGUGAAGUUUUGUGCUGCAUGUGAUAUACAUGCAGUCCAUGGAAAAUACCUCAUGAAAUAUCAUCUUAAAAUUUUAGCAAUUCUUUUCUGUCAUGUUUGGAAGAAUAUAAGACUGUUUUCAUUUAAACACACUUAUUAAACCCUAGGGAGAAGUGGAUUCUGAAAGAAACUAGAUGGAGAGAGUGUAUUAAUUCACAGAUCAGCCAUUGAGGAGUAUUAUGCAGAAAACACCUGUGUUGCUUGCUGUUGAUGUUGGCUUUCCAGCUCAAUCUUAUCCUUUGGCACUGUGAUAGGCGAUUCACAGUGUACCCUCCGAUGUCAGAGCUGGAGGCAUUUGUUUGGGUGACUUUGUUAUGUCUAGUGGGAGCCAGCUGUUGUCCAAGUUUGUGUAAAUAACACAUUAAUGGCAGGGGUAUGUAGUUGUAGGAUCAGCCACUGUCCCCAAUUUUGCUGGUAUAGGAAUGGUUAGUAUAUUUUCCUCUUCAUGCUGGCACAGAAUCAACUUUUAUCAAAGUUCCUCUUUUUUCUCUAUUCUACAUGUCUCCUCCAAACAGGAGACAAGUCUGUAGAUUGAGAAAAACUGUUGUUAAUGUACCAAGGCUAUCAGGGAUCGAUUGCUCACGCUAUACUGUCUUGUUUGGACUGUAAUUUUUCCAAAAAAAACGUGGAGCCAUCGCUUGGCAAGACAUGUUAGUAAGCCUAUUGAGGUUAAGUGGAGGAUAAUGAGCUUGGACAUUUUAAAUCUAGGAUUUCCUCAGGAAUGGCUCUAGAAUGAACAUGCUGUCUGGGUUGCUAUUUUUCUGAAUGUCAUGGUACGAUAUCCAGCUGUGUGAUUCUCAGGGUCUGUCUCUCUUUAAUAGUGGGUGAUAUUAAUCAAACUGCAAAACCAUUUUGUAGUUUAUGCUCCCAAAUAUUUUAUGUCCAGGGUGUUCUGGACAGGGACAGAAGAGGAAGAGAGCAAGGAAGUCAUUUCCUUGAUCUCUUCUCAAAACAUACCUCAUUCUUAGCACAUAGACCUUAAGAAACAUAGUCUUGAGAAGUAGCAGUAUCCCAGACAUUUGUUUUUUGAUGUGCAUGUUGGUCUCAUAUAUGACAUUUGUCAGCUAGUGUUGAUGAAGGACAAAGCACACGUACUACUCCUCUGUUACAUUCUCCCUAUAUGUCUGUACCUGCUGUUUUCACAAUUGUAUAUGCUGGUGUCUGUCCUUUGUAUUCCCUACUAUAAUUAGAAGUGAACUUUAUAGAAUGGAGGUCAGGAGGUAGAAGACCAGAAAGCUAACUUUAGCUUUUUAUCUCCCCCAAAACAGUCCUAGAACAUUAUAUAUACAUUAUAUAUAUAUACAUAUAUACAUUCAUGUACUGGCAGCUUUAAUGCUAGUUUAAAAAUUUUGUUUGUCCCCUUUGUAUAUAACCCAAAAAGAAAAAACUUUUUAUUACAAGAUGUGCAUGAUUAUUAAAAUUUAAAAAAUGAUCAUUUAUCAUUUCUUAAAAAAAAUUUUUGAAAUAGUACUAUUCUGUUAAUGUUUAGACCAGAUAUUUUAUUGAUAUAUGUAUAUAUAUAUAUACAAUAAUAAUACCAUGACAUCCUUGCUCUCUGGAUCUGUUUUCCUCCUUUACCUCCAAAAUCCAGAAGUUUGGUGAGUAGAUUUCACAGUGUAGUUUACUAGUUUUUAUAAUAGGCAACAGAUAUCAACGUACCUGCCAUUCUUCUUAACCUUCUGUGUAACAAAACAACAAAAUCAAACCAUAACUACGGGUUGAUGGAGUGUAGACACAAGAUCUUUAGACCGACGGGAACAACUCCUGAAGCAGCUGGUGUUAGAUUUUCUCUGAGAAGUAGUAGGCUAUGCAAGUAUGCUGUCCUGUGCACUACUAGUUGUUGCUGUCUUCAGAGCAAUAACUGCUGACAAUUGCUAGCUGCAAAUCAACUUUCUCAGUUUUUUGUAAACAAAAUUGAUAACUGUAGACAGCACGUUUGUGGUGUUUAUAUAUGGUGUGAACAGUUGUAUGCAGCACUUUAGUUUUUCCAAGAUCAAUGCUUGUUAUCACGGCUGGGCUAUGGUGAUUAUCCACAGAGUAGCUUUGUAAAUUUUGUCAAAUCUUAAAACAUUUAAAACUGGGAAAGUCUGUCCACAGCCUUCCCUCUGGUGCUUCACUGGAGUUCCUAAAACAUGUUGCUGCCUUUCCUGUAGCCAAGUUUUGGCUCCUGAAGAAUACGGGUACAAGAGCAAAAUCUAUUUUGGAGUAUUAUACUGUGUAACUCAUAGUAUUCUUCACGGAAUUGAAACUUGGCAUAAUUUGUAUCUAUAUCCCUUGUUUGGUGAUGUGCUUGAACUGAGUCAUUUCUCAGGCUUUUAUUACAAGAAAUGGGUGAUUUUUCUCAUUCAUUGGGAUAUAUAUAACGAUAAAGUUUGUGUACCUUCCCUAUUAGAGAGAGAAUUUUUAUUUAAUAUGAAAAGAUAUUUGUCACAUAUAAAUACAAAGAAAAAUGGUGAUAUUUCGCAAUAUAAGAGUCAGUUUUCCAUCUGUUAAAAUAAAUUCUAGUUUAUAUUGUCAAAAUGAUAAGGGAAAGACUGCAAUGUUGCAUGCACUGUAUGGCAAAAAUUUUUUUAUCUGAACACAGCCAUGUCAACGAAGCUAUAUAUGGUUACUAUACAUUUUGUUUGUUUGGUUCUUGACAGCAUUGGAAACAAAUUUAUCGACAAAAUCUUCCUAAUGUAUAUUGUUAAAUGUGAAUUCAUCUUCCAAAAUCUCAAAAUAUUUUAUACGAAUGAAUAAUUUAAAAUAUUUAAAAAUAUAUCAAAAUAAAUACAAUUUGAUGAUAAAUAAAUAAAUUUCCUAUGCUGUCAAGAUCUAAUUUAUAUGAUUUUUUUUCAUAUUGGGAUAAUCCAAAAUAACUCAUUUGUUAAAUAUAAAAAUAAUCUAAUGAAGAGAAAAUGUCACUAGUAUGUAAAGCAUGACUGAAUGAACUGCCCAAAUCGUUGGAAUUUAUUCGACGUGGGCUUGUUGCUUGUGAUCUGUUUACAAUAGUUGUAUCGAUUUAUUGUUAAUUGCCAAAGCUAAAAGAGCCCAAACAUGGUACGGUGUAAAUGAGUUUUUUUUACACUGUGUUUGAAAUAAUUCUCUUUGAGUGAUUAUUAUUGAAUUGUAUGUUUAUAAUGAAAAUCAUGUUUCAAAGAAUUUCUUGAAUUAUCCGUUCUAAAUUAAGUAGUUGAGGUCUGUUCCAAAAUGUUUUCGGAUAUUAUAAGUUAGUGCAGUUAAAAUAUAUAUAUAUGUAUAUUUGUCAUAUAUAUAUUCACAGAUCUGCCUCUAAAAAUAUUAGAUUCUUUUGUUUUUCUGUAUAAAUACAGAAUGCAGUUAUUCUUUUUAUUAUUUCAAAUAAUAUAUUUGCUUAGAUAAUAUUUUAUCUUUUUAUUCUAAUUAAAAAUAAUUCUUUGUUCUUGAAUACCAAAAAAAGAAAUAUAUAUUUAUUCAUUUUUUAUUUUUAUUAUUAAAAUUGAAUUGCAAUAUCUUUUUUUAAUGAGGUAGAUUUGUGAACCUAGUUUUCUAUAUAUUUCUUUAUUUUAAUAUUUUUUUAAUUGUUGGAAUGAAAUAUAGUUGCAAGGCUACCUGUCGUGCAAUAACAAAUCUGUAAUAUUGUUCAAUGAAAAGUUAGAAUAGUUUUCUGAAUUUUGAUUUGUAAAUCACAGUAUAUUCACUAAUGUAAAUUAGGGCAUGGAUGUUGUUUUAGAGUUUCUAUCGUUAUACAAUGGGCAAAGGUUAUUUUCCAUCUUGUUCUUUACUUGACUAUUUGGGUUCUAUUGAAUUCCAAACCAAAUGUUGCUUGGCACGGCUGUGCUUCUACAAAUUCCAGUACCAAAAAAAAAAAAAAAGAGGCUUGUUAUACACACUCACUUUAUCUAACUAGCUGUUUACACACAUAUGUACUGUGUUCUACAUUUCUCUGCUGUUAAAGAGAUGGUUGAUGUUGUUGGGUCGGGGAUGGGGACCAAUCAAACUACACCCCCCUUCGAAGUGCCACGAGUCUCCAACCCGGACCUAACUUACCUGGCGCUCGGCCGGGAAUCAGCCUCGCAGCAUUAAAAGUCGAACUUUGAUGCAUAUAUUUUUCAUAUCAUGCAUUUAAAAGAUUAAACAAAACGGGGCAAUCUGUGUAUAGCAAGGAGAAAGAGAGACUGAACUAAAUAAGCCAGUGAUGAAAGUUGUGUUAAUUGUCAUUGUCGAUGCUGUGUAUAACUUUCCCUGUCGCUUGCCAGCUACCUCCGUAGAGGCUCAGGGUAGGCGCGCAUUGUAUUAUUUUAACACCUCGGGUUUGGAAGGUGGCUGGCAGAGCUACAUGGCGCACACACAUACACACACAUUUACACACACACAACAGAAUACACAUACAUACACAUACAAAAUGAAAAACACAAAACAUACAUACAUGUUGACAAAAAUAAAAACAUAAUUUUACAAAGAGAAUACUUAUUUCAGCUGCAGAAUAUCAGGGAAUUUGUCCAUUCCUUUCCAAUAUAUUGAUGAAAAAAAUAUAUAUAUAUUAUAAUUUGCACACAUCUAUUUUCAGGAUAGUUUUCACUUACAAAGGAAUGUGGAAGGUUUAUAUAUGAUGAAGUAGAGAAAAAUUUUGCUAAGACCUUUGUUGUUUGCCUGACAGUUGUGUAAAUUUUGAAAGGGGAAUUCAUAACGCUUGUGUGCAGCUGUUGUUACAUCCCUAGUCAAAUACUUUGAACUAUACUUUUUCUACUAUAUUCUUUGUCCCCAAUAUUUGUAUACAAAUAAAUAAAAUAUGAAUGGUAGUUUUUUUUACUAUUAUUAUUAUUAUGAUUACAAUUAUUAUGUGGUGCUAUUCAGUUGCUCAAUUGCAAUAAACCCAUAUUAUUUUUAAAUAAUAAUGUAUAACUAAUAUCUGUUUGUUCAAUUCUCUCAAUCUGAUUAUACUAUAAUUUUCAACACAACUCUGUACAGCGUUAUGCCCCUUCUCUGUUUUAGUGGGAUUAGGAUGGUUCUUCCUUGACCAUAAACGUUUUUUGAGGGUACCUCAUGUUCAUGUAAUUGUAGUACUGUUCUCAAUAAAGGCCUAACAUUUGUAUUCUAUCUCUGUGACAUUAUGUUGUUUCUAGUUUGUUAUCAAGGUAAAAAAGUCAUUCUCAGGAGGGCAAUAAAACAAAGACAACCUCCCAUGUUCACUGUCCUUUCAUUCUCUUACUGGCUUUUUGUGUUGCUGAAUGAAACGAAGAAAGUAAACUCACUAUCCAAAGAUAGAAUUAGUUCCUCGAAUAUUUUUUAUCCACUUUGUGGCUUUUUAAGAUUUUACAAAAUGGUACUGUAGUAAUAAAUAGAAUUUUAAUUUUUUUAACAUAAAAAAAAAA